AUGCUCGCCAUCCAACCCUCCUCAAGCCCCAAACAAAUAACCCCCAACAUCCUCCCCGCCAAAAUCCACCACAACGGGCCCAUCCCCACCCCAAAACGCUACUGGAACCCGCAACCCCAAUCCACCUCCCCCAACGAACAAGAAGUCUACUUCCGCGGCCGGAAACUCCUAGGACAGAAAAUCCCUCUGCCAGAGAAGUACGAGGGCGUCGUGUUGCAGAAAACAGAUAAAACACUACCUGUUCAGAAGAAGGACGAGGAUGGUGAUGGGGAGGACGAGGAGGAUGUUGAAGUGAAGAUUAUGGAGCAGAAUGGGAAGUUCAGCGAGAUUGUCGUGUUGGGACAUGAAGUCGUUCCGGGGGAGGAGGAUGAUUAUCAGAAGGGGAUUGAGGAGUGGGUGGGGUUUGCUGAGGCUAUACACGCCUACGACACACCGACGAACAACACGACAUGA